GAAUUUCCUUUUCGGUCUGAUUCCUGAAGGGUUAGGAAAAUGUUAUAGUCUUACUAGAGUAAGACUAGGGCAGAACUACUUGAAUGGUAGCAUUCCAAAUGGAUUCCUUUACUUGCCUCACCUCAAUUUAGCAGAGUUGCGAAACAAUGUCCUGUCAGGUAGUUUAUCAGAGAAUGUUAAUUCCUCAUCGAAACCUGUUAAAUUAGGCCAACUCAAUCUGUCAAACAAUCUUCUUUCAGGUUCUCUACCAUUUGCCAUUUCAAAUUUCUCUUCCCUCCAAAUUCUUCUCCUUGGUGGAAAUCAAUUCUCAGGUCCAAUUCCACCUUCUAUAGGAGAACUUCAUCAAGUACUAAAACUUGAUCUUAGUAGGAAUUCAUUUUCUGGGUCAAUUCCACCUGAAAUAGGAAACUGUUUCCAUCUCACUUUCCUUGACAUUAGUCAAAACAGUCUUUCUGAUUCGAUUCCACUAGAAAUAACAAAUAUACAUAUCUUAAACUACUUGAACUUAUCAAGAAAUCACUUAAACCAAAUCAUUCCAAAAUCCAUCGGUUCAAUGAAAAGCUUAACAAUUGCAGAUUUCUCUUUCAAUGAUUUUUCUGGUAAACUACCUGAAUCUGGCCAAUUCUCAGUCUUUGAUGCCUCAUCUUUCGCCGGUAAUCCUCAACUCUGUGGUUCUCUUCUCAAUAAUCCUUGUAAUUUCACUUCCAUUGCAAAUACACCAAAAAAGGCACCUAAUGACUUCAAGUUAAUAUGUGCAUUAGGCCUUUUAAUAUGUUCUUUGAUAUUUGCAACUGCUGCAAUAAUAAAGGCCAAGUCUUUCAAGAAAAGCAAUUCAGAUUCUUGGAAAUUGACAGCUUUUCAAAAACUCGAAUUCUCAGUUGAAGAUAUCCUGGAAUGUGUUAAAGAUGGUAAUGUUAUUGGUAGAGGAGGAGCUGGAAUUGUGUAUCAUGGAAAAAUGCCAAAUGGGAUUGAGAUUGCAGUAAAAAAACUACUUGGGUUUGGUACUAAUAGUCAUGACCAUGGUUUUAGAGCAGAAAUCCAAACACUUGGCCACAUCAGGCAUCGAAACAUUGUUCGAUUGCUCGCUUUUUGUUCGAACAAAGAAACAAAUUUACUUGUUUAUGAAUAUAUGAGAAAUGGAAGCUUAGGAGAAGCAUUACAUGGGAAAAAAGGUGCAUUCUUGACUUGGAAUUUGAGAGAUGUAAAAUCAAACAAUAUUUUGUUAAAUUCGAGCUUCGAAGCUCAUGUUGCUGAUUUCGGAUUGGCGAAAUUCCUUAGGGAUGGAGGAUCAUCAGAAUGUAUGUCAGCUAUAGCAGGAUCUUAUGGUUACAUAGCACCUGAAUAUGCAUACACGUUGAAGGUGGAUGAGAAGAGUGAUGUGUAUAGUUUUGGAGUUGUUCUUUUGGAGCUUCUCACCGGACGUCGGCCGUCGGUGAUUUCGGAGAAGGAGUAGACAUUG